AUCUCAAUUGAAUAAGAACAUAGUGCUUCAUCUUUCCUGUUUCUCUCUCUAUGGCGAGGAGGAAGGGAAGACCUAGGAAGAACGAUUCGCCGGCCGAUCAAUCACAGGCUAAACAAGGAUCUAGAAACGGAAGCUCCUUCAAUACACCAGUAAACAAAACUUCUGGAUGCGAUGAUGGAAGGAUGGAACAGAUCUAUGAACCGAUAACGAAAGAGAAUUUCCAAUCCGAGAAGAAGGAUGCUGCUCCAGAUGUGAUAGGGGGACAGAAGGAGGAGUGGGUCUCUGGAAAGGCAAUUGAUACUACAAAACUGAUUGAUAUACCUAUCUGGAUUCAAUUCCCUAUCCUCCAAAUGAAGUACUGGAGCUUAUCUGGGCUGAGCAAAUUGGGCAGUCUAAUAGGUAAACCCAUUAAAAGAGACAAAGCUACUGCAACAAAAGCUAAGUGGAACUUUGCCAGAAUCCAGGUUGAAGUUCAAGUCCAUCAAUCAUUCCCUGAUAAAAUACAAUUUGUGGAUGAGGAUGAAAGGAAGGAAAGAGAAGGAUCAGAAGGUACAAAGAGGGGGGUCAGAGGAAAAUUUGGGUCCCAAAACAGAGGCAAGAAAAGGGAGAAGUUGCUGAAAGUGGAAAACAGAAAGACUCAAUUGAAGAAAACCUCAUUCCCAAACAAUCCAAUGAGAAGGAUCGGGAUGGUUUUCAAACUUGCUGUGUUAAGUGUGGAAGAUAGAAAGGGAGGUAACCCAAUCACUUCAGAUGAAAUCCAGGAUUUUAAGGAAUGUAUAGAGGAUUGUGGCUUGGAUGAAAUCCCAUCAGAUGGUCAUUACAAUACAUGGUCUAACAAGCAAAAAGGAGACAGAAGAAUCAGUUCUAAAUUGGACAGAGACUUGGCUAAUUUGAACAGGAUGGAUUACUUUGAUACCAAGACAGUGAUAAUGGAGGAGGGAGUUUCAGAUCAUUCUCCCCUAUUACUGAAGAAUAUUAACUGGAAACCUAGAACCAAGAGUUUUAAAUUCUGUGAUAUGUGGAUGCAAGAUCAGAAGUUCCCCAGCAUCUUAAGCACUAACUGGAAGGAGGAAGGGGGUGAUAGGAGUAUGUUCAAGCUAGUGCAGAACCUAAAAAGAUUAAAAGCUCCUUUAUCUGACCUUCACAAGAACAAUUAUCAUAAAAUCCACAAGCAGGUGGAGGGUAUAAGGGAGGAACUGUUGAGGGUCCAAUCUGAGCUCAAGAUUAACCAGAGUGAAUCGCUUGUGGAGGAAGAGCAAAAACUCAAGGAUGAGCUCUAUAAGAAAAGUAGAGCAUCACAAGCUUUAAAGAGUCAGCAAGCUAAAGAGAGAUGGAUUACUGAAGGAGAUGGGAACUCUAAAUUAUUCUUUGCUUGGGUUAAAAAGAGGAAAAUUCAGAACUACAUUAUCAGUAUCCAAGAUGAGAAUAAUAAGGUUGUGGAAGGGACAGACCAAAUUGCAGAUAUUUUUAUCUCAUAUUACAGAAAGAUCCUGGGCUCCUAUAACCCCUGUCAAGAAGUGGAUGAAGCAGUCCUAACAAAAGGCCCUAGGCUGGCUGUCAACCACCAGAUUGAACUAAUCAAGGAAUUUACCCCUUUACAGGUGAAGGAGGCUAUAUUUUUCCAUUCCUAAUUCCAAAAGUCCAUGCCCUGAUGGGUUUAAUGUU